CCAUGCUGGACAAGCGCUCUGCUCUUCCGGGGAAGCCUUAUGUCGGUCUGUGCCCAACCAAUGCCGGGACUGUCCCAAGCUGGAACCAGACCCCUGGGCCAGAUCUUGCAGCAGAUCUUAGCUCUUGGACAGAAGGGGAUCCCAGGUGAGCGAUUUGGAAGGGAGAACAUUUCAGCCUUCACACCAGAGACACCAGGCAAGAUCUCUCCAAAAAGACCUCCCAGUGAUGCUGUUCCUGAGCACCCAGGCCAAAGUGAUUCCUCCUGGAGUUUGGGAAAAGAGCGGCAGGCAGUUGUUAUGGAGGGGACAGAAGGCAAAGAGGGCCACGAGGGCAUCAGAGUUAGGAAACGUAAAGGGGCCGUUGUCUACCGGCAGACCCUCAUGGGAGAGAAACCAAACAUCUGCAUUGAGUGUGGGAAGAGCUUUCUCCAGAGCUCAGAUCUAAUUAACCAUCGAAGAAUUCAUACAGGAGAGAAGCCCUAUACGUGCCCAGACUGUGGGAGGAGUUUCAGCAUGAGCUCAAACCUUCUCAGGCACCGGAGGACCCACACAGGAGAGAGACCCUAUAACUGCACUCAUUGCGGGAAAAAGUUCACUGAUAGAUCAACUCUGGUCCAGCACCAGAGAACCCACACAGGAGAAAAGCCUUAUCAGUGCCUGGACUGUGGGAAGACCUUCAGCCGUAGCUCCCAUCAUAAGAGACACCUGAAGAGCCUGGCAGGAAAGCUUCACAGCCAGCACAGCCAUCUUGAGAACGCAGCCGGGAAGGGUUCCCCUGCCUUGAGAGAAGCAGGUAUGGCCAGGAAGAGUGUCCCCGUCAAGUUCCCAAACACAUGCGCAGAGUGUUGGCAGAGCUUCAGCCAGAACUCGGACUUGAUCAAGCACAUGCGCAUCCAUACUGGGGAGAAGCCCUACGUUUGUGGCCACUGCGGCAAGUGCUUCAACGUCAGCUCCAACCUUAACCGGCACCAGAGAAUCCACACGGGGGAGAAGCCCUACACCUGCUCUUACUGCGGGAAGAGCUUCACUGACAAAUCCACCCUCACCCAGCAUCGUCGCACCCACACAGGAGAGAAGCCAUAUAGAUGCACUUACUGUGGGAAGAACUUCAGCCACAGUUCUCACCACAAGAGGCACGAGAAAAUCCACAUGGAGGGAAACCCUGUUGUGUUUAUGCCCCUGCAGGCCUAUCCCAAUCAGAUAUUCUCAGGCACACAGGUUUCUUGAGAAAAAUGGAAGCCUGCCUUGUGUGUGUGUGGGGUGGCUGGGGAGAAUUGUGUUCUCUGGAGAUCUCAACCCAUCUGCCUGUAUGACUUCUCUUCUUAAACUGGCUGGUUACUC